CCGUCCGACAGCAAGCAUCAUGGAAGCUGGCAAAAUUACCGCUGUGCUUCUGCUGACAUUCGGUCUGUGUACUGGGCGGCCGAUCGACCAGCUCGGUGUCCGCUCCCCAAUAAAAAACAGCCCCUACAGACCUACUAGGCACUUGGUUCACGAAUCCCAUCAGAUCUAUCCUUUGAAUAUUCAGAAGUUUACGUCGUAUCAUACCGUGCCCGUCCCCCAACGCAUAUAUAUUGACGGACCGAGCUUCGACUCCUGGGAAUAUGAUUCCCCCGAACAGUUCGAUGACGAUUUCUCCGAUGAGAGAUUCCGAGAUUUUGGGCAUCGACGAGUCGUUCGGGCAGUCGAACCUGAAGGCAUCGAAGUCCUCGCUGACGACCUAAUCGCUGAUGCCGAAGGAAAACAUGUCGGCACCGAACUCCACGCCGCUAAUGCCGAAUACCACACCAAUGAAGCCAAAGGCCUCGCCACUGAUGCCGAAAACCUCGCCACUGGUACUGAAGGCCAAGCCGGUGAAGCAAGAAAACACGCUGCCGACGAUCAGCCGGCCGACGCCCAAGGGCGCUUCUUUCUUGGCAAACUUUUCGGAAACUUGGGCAUUACUGCCAACUUCGACGGAGGGUACAGUAACCCGUACGGCGGAUACCACAGUGGACUAUAUGGUGGACAAUAUGAUGGAGAUUACGGUGUGAUACAUGGCAGACCAUAUGGCGGACAAUACGGCGGACACUACGGAGGACAAUAUGGUGGUGGACAAGUAGUGACCAGCAAGAAGGAGUACGUCUCCCAGUCCCACUCCCACACCGGGUACGACAACUACAACAACUACAAUCAUGGUUACUAUGGAAGCAGUCCCACUCUGUACCGCGAGAACUAUCCCAUUUACGGAAAUGGAGGCUAUGGCUGGUAAAAUUAUAUUUCUAGUGUUCAUUUAUCUUACCCCACAAUUGAAGAAUCAAUUAAUUAGUUUUCAUUUCGUAAAAAAACAAUGUACCGAAUACUAGCCUAUAUAGGACGACCCAGAGAGUUGGAUCUCAGUGUGCAAUGUGACGUACAAUAUUACGGGCGAUGGAGGGAGAAUGAACAGCGGUAUAAUUUUUGCUACCGUCUUGACGCCGGAUAAAUCUCAUUUGUGUGUAUUAUUAUGUUAUGUUAUCAAUAAACUGAUCCAAAGUCA